CUCCGCAAGUCCUUGUUUAUUGAAUUGCAGUUAAAAUUAGAGAAGACAGACGAACAGCCCAGCAAUGGAGGAGAGGGACACGAUACCCUUCAGAAACCUCCACAGUAGAGACUACCAAGGCCACAAGAAAAAGGUGCAUUCGGUGGCAUGGAACUGCAGUGGGACGAAGCUCGCUUCUGGUUCGGUUGAUCAAACUGCUCGCAUUUGGCACAUUGAGCAUCACGGCCAUGGUAAAGUUAAAGAUAUAGAGUUGAAGGGUCACACUGAUAGUGUGGAUCAGUUGUGCUGGGAUCCUAAACAUGCUGAUUUGAUAGCAACUGCGUCAGGUGACAAGACAGUUCGCUUGUGGGAUGCUCGUAGUGGAAAAUGUUCACAGCAAGCUGAACUUAGCGGAGAGAAUAUCAAUAUUACCUAUAAGCCUGAUGGGACACAUAUUGCUGUAGGGAACCGGGAUGAUGAAUUGACUAUAUUAGAUGUUCGCAAAUUUAAGCCUCUCCACAAGCGCAAGUUCACAUAUGAGGUCAAUGAGAUUGCAUGGAACAUGACAGGAGACAAGUUCUUUCUGACCACAGGGAAUGGUACUGUGGAAGUACUAGCUUAUCCAUCUCUUGAUCGAGUUGACACCCUUAUGGCUCAUACAGCUGGUUGCUACUGCAUUGCCAUUGACCCAUUAGGAAGAUACGUUGCUGUUGGAAGUGCUGAUUCCUUGGUCAGUCUUUGGGAUAUCAAGGAGAUGCUAUGUCUGCGCACGUUUACGAAACUUGAAUGGCCAGUUAGAACAAUAAGUUUCAAUCACACGGGAGAGUACAUUGCUUCAGCCAGUGAGGAUUUGUUUAUUGAUAUUUCAAAUGUUCAAACUGGACGAACAGUUCACCAAAUUCCAUGUCGAGCUGCAAUGAAUAGUGUAGAAUGGAACCCAAAGCACAACUUACUAGCAUAUGCAGGAGAUGAUAAGAACAAAUAUCAGGCUGAUGAAGGUAUAUUUCGGAUAUUUGGCUUUGAGAGUGCCUAGUUGUCUGAUGCACUGCUGAGGAGGAAGAAGUCAUUUGAAGAGGCAAUUUGAGGUUUCGGAUACUUUUUUUCUGCAUGCUGUUUGUUGCCCUAUUCUAUUGCUGGUGUAUUUUGGAUAUUAUUAUGAUAGUGCGGCCAUAUUUGGUCAAUUUGUCAUUUGGACGUUUAUUUUUAUUUAUCUUCAGUUUUGUCUUCUUGA